AAAGGUACAUUUCAAUUAUUCACAUUAAUGGUAUAACCAUGCGAGCUUUACUGUUCUUUAGUUUAAAAUUUUACUUCGCUUCACUUUAUUUUUGUGCUGAUUUUGACAGUUAUGAAAUAAACCAACUUGAAGUCACACCAAUAUACGAUAUCAUUUUAUUUAACGACAUAGCGGAAGUUAUUAAGGACUUUGACAAUGACUUGAAUACACCACCAGAUGCGAAAUCAUUAGCAUUAGAAAGUGAGAGCGAUGAAAAUAUCGAAAAUCUCCUACUUGAAUACCAGCAUUACUUGGAUAAAGCUCACAAGCAACACGUCAAAUACUUAGAAAAAGUAACCGGUAAAAACAAAAUUCCACUUUUACGACACGACAAGUAUCCUAAAAAGAAUGGCCUUAAAACUACUUUUGAGGAUUUCUAUCCAUUUUCAAGUAAAACGCAACAAAUAUUCCCGAAACUACAAACUUUAUCUCGUGGCUUUAAGGGCGAUACGGAGUUUUCGUAUACAACUUCUCGCUCCGUUUCUCCGAAUCUAUUUGAGCCAACCUAUGAUCGCCACUAUCCAUUUUCCAACAUACAAAGAAGUAAUACUUUGUCGUCAUGUUAUUGCAAAUCUAAUGAAAUUCCAUGUAAUUGUGGUUGUAAACAAUGCAUCAUACAAUUCGACUCUAUUAAUAGCAGUUUUAAUACGAAAUCACCUUUAUACUAUGAAAACUCAAAAGACCCGUUUAUACAACGUGAAGGAAAAACUGAUAACGAUUUUAAAAUACGAAUAAAGGUUGACAUUAAACUCCCCAAAAUCAUAGAGAGGAUUGCUAAUGUUUUUAGUAAAAAAGAUCAAGGCAGCUCGGAACCAGAUCCAACGUCUCGUAAAGAAUAUUCUAUGAACUAUAUUACACCGUAUUACAAUUUUCCUAAUCCUAGUGAUCUCUUAGGCUUUAACUCAAUGCCUCGAAUGUCUGAGUCUAUUCCCUUGCAAAGAAUAACUAUUCAUAAGAAAAAGAAAUUCCGCAGCAACUCGAAUAAGAAGCAUAAAAAGAAGACAUUUAAUGUUCACGAAAUUCAAACAGAUAAGAAGACAGCAGCAAAACUUGAAACUAACGAAACCAUGAACCAAAAUAAAAAUGAAACGUUGCAAGGGAAAAAUAAUAUUUUAUACAAGAACAAUAUGACGAAUAACAUCUCGGAAAAUAUAAACUAUACGCCUAUUAAUAAAUCACAAAACCCUGAAAAUAGUAACCUUAAAAUGAACUCUAAAGAAAUUAUUUAUUUAACACUGAAUAUAUCAAACGAAAACCAUACAGACGAAAUAAAUAAACUAGAAAACAGCAUUGAAACUGGAUAUUUUAAAACAAAAGAUAAUUUCACUGAAUUAAUUCUAAACAGAGAAAAGAGAGACGCUGUAAACAAAAACACUUCCGAAUCCGUGGAUUUAUCUGUAAAACCCUUAAACAUGUUAAAUGAGACCCAUGAAAAAAAGUUAGAUAAAAUACUAAAUGAUUCAACUUUAUCAUAUUGGCCGGAAUCACAGAAUGAGAGUUCUGAGACUUUAACAAACAGUUCUAAAAACAUAAAUUCUCUUAUUUUUGACAUUGAAAAAAGAAAAUCUAAGUUCAAUAUGAGUAGUGACAACGUUCGUAACAAUCACUCAAUAGCUUUAGAAAGAGCUAUAUUUGGCGAAGUAGACUGGAAUGAUGUAGAUACAGUUGCACCUGUCUUUAUAUCUUUUGUGGGGAAAUAUAUUCACGGAGUUUUAACAUUUUGCUCUGAUUCCGUAUGUCACUCAAUGAAAUGUGCGAAUAAAACAUGUGUACACAGAAACUGUAAUAUAGAAAAUCGCUAUAACAAGAUGGGUCAUUGUUUGGGUAAUAACAGUACAGAUAGUGUAGCCAAAAUGGAAUCAAUUAUGGAUUUACCUUCGAAUUUGGCCCUUGAAAUAGUAGAUAUUUUACAAGAUAAAAUGCUUGGUAAAAUGUUCGGAAAAAUUACUAUAUGCAUAGGUAUUAAAUGUGUAACAUUUGUAGCAUCAAAGAAGACAACAAUUAAGUAUAAAUGUACUUCAAAAGAAAUCACUUCUUCUAGUGAAUGCCCUUAUAAUAAACAGCGUUAAAAUAAUAUUCUGUAAUAUGAUUUGAAAUAAAGGACUUUGUUUGAAAUAAAAAUAUUUAAAUAUUGCCAUAAGAGUUUACUGUGUUCUGCUGGUUUUGAUAAGGAAAAUUGAAAAUAUUUCAAUAAUAUUAUGUUGAUAAAAAUAUUUUUCCUAAUGUUGUCGUAUAAAUUACUUCAGUCAAGGACCGAUUUAUUAUAUACACAGAAAAAGGAUGUUCUAUUUUUUAACCCUUGGAAAACGAUUGGUAGGAGGCCAAGCAUUAUAGCAUUUGAUAAAGCUGGAAAUAUAACUCAAGCAGGUGAAUUAAAUAAAUAUCAAAUUAUGAAUUUGAAACAUAUAAAUUAUACGAAAAACUCUAUGCGAUGGCUGAACACCAAUUACUCCUUGAAUACCACGGCAAUUGUCGAGAACAUUAGAAAUUUUCUGGAAAAAGCUUUUAACUACCCACAAAGAAAAAAACCUAAGAUUCUUACAAGAUGCACAGAACACGGAAUAUGUAGGUUCUUGCAGUGUAUUAAUAUUAAAAGUCAUUGUAUGCUGUGUGAAGUAAAAUUGAAAUAUAAAAAUGAAACAAUAUGUAAUAAAGUGUCAACAAAGUUUUUAAAUGGUAAUGCAGAUUGACCGGAAUACAUUACAUAAUAUAAGUAUAAUGU